AGGCAUUACGUCACACGUUUAGAGGCAUGCUCUGUGGGUGGACUUGUUUACGUUUCGUCCUUGUAUGCUGUGAGUUAGGACUGGUAGCUGAAGAGAUCACAUUUGGGAAAAAGUCCCAAGGUGGACAGUUUCUAAUCUAAAACCAUGUCGGUGAAACAUGCGAUUAGUCGGGGGUUAGAAAUUGGGAGGUCGGUAUUUCAGCUCGGUCUUUUGAAACCCGCUGCCCGAGUUGCAGCAAAGUUCCGAGGUGAGCGCCUUCGCGUAGGCCACCCGGCCCGCAGGGUUCAGCCUCAGACUUUCCUGCCUUCUCGCUAUCGGUAUUACCGCAUGUCUCUGAGCGGCUUGGCCGCUCAGCUACAGUCCCUUGGUUUCAGGAGACUCGCAGGCGGCGGCUCCCCCAGGAACAGGACCGUGUUUCUUGCAUUCGGUCUUGGUUUAGGAUUGAUCGAGCAGCAGCUGGAAGAUGACAGGAGGAGUGCCGCGACAUGUCAAGAAAUUCAGGCCGUCUUCAGGAAGAGGAAGUUCCAGAACCCGCUCAAACCCUUCACCCUGGGCUACAGACUGGAGGACUAUGUGAUGGGGAAACAGAUCGGGAAGGGCUGUAACGCCGCCGUGUACGAGGCCGCACCCCAGUUCGCCGUUCCCCGGGAGACCCGAGAGUGUUCGCUCGUUGAGCUCGGGUCCGGAGGGGAUGACGGGCAGGGAGGGGGCGGGGCUCCGCGGUCCCGCUCCGUGCUCAGCUGCCCACUGGCCGUCAAGAUGAUGUGGAACAUCGGGGCCGGUUCGUCGAGCGAAGCUAUCCUGAGCUCCAUGUCACAGGAGCUGGUCCCUGCAGGGCCUCUCGCUCUGAAAGAGGAGAAAACCACGGUCGCCCUCCACGGGCAUUUCGGCGUUGCGCCCAGGAGGGUCUCCGCCCACCCCAACGUGGUGAGGGUGUACAGGGCCUUCACGGCCGAGGUGCCCCUGCUGCCCGGAGCUCGGGAGGAGUACCCCGCCGUCCUGCCCCCCAGACUGAACCCCGCCGGCCUGGGCAACAACCGCACCCUCUUCCUGGUCAUGAAGAACUACCCGUGGAACCUGCGGGAGUAUCUGCAGGUGGCUCUGCCCACCCAUAGGCAGGGCUCUCUCAUGGUCCUGCAGCUGCUGGAGGGGGUGGGCCACUUGUGCAAGCAGGGCAUCGCCCACCGGGACCUCAAAUCUGACAACGUGCUGGUGGAGUUCGACUCAGGAGGCUGCCCCCGCUUGGUGAUCGCGGAUUUCGGCUGCUGCCUGGCGGAGCGGGAUGGCGACCUGCGGCUGCCCUUCAGCAGCCGCUGUGUGAACAGGGGGGGGAACGCCUGUCUCAUGGCGCCGGAGGUGUCAACCGCGGUUCCUGGGCCGGGCGCGGUGAUCGACUACAGCAAGGCCGACGCGUGGGCGGUCGGCGCCGUGUCCUUCGAGAUUUUCGGGCGGCCCAACCCGUUCUACGGGCCGGAGGGGCUGGACAGCAGGGGCUACCAGGAGAAGCAGCUGCCCCCGCUGCCCGCCCGCGCGCCCGCCGACACGCGCCUGGUGGCGGAGCUGCUCCUGCGCCGGGACCCCGCCAAGCGCCCCAGUGCCCGUGUAGCUGCCAACAUUCUGCACCUCAGCCUCUGGGGCGGGCGAGUCCUGGCCAAUCAGGACAGGGCCAGCGUGAAGAGCAUUGCCGAUUGGCUGCUGUGCCAGUCUGCUGUGGUGCUGCUGAGGGGGAGGGGCCCUGUCACCAGCACCGUGGAGGCGGAGCUACAGAGGUGCUUCCUGGCCAACCUGGAUCUGGAAGACCUCCACGCUGCCAUGGGAUUCCUCCUCUUUGGACGUGAGCAGCAGAGACAGGGAGUUCUGGCGAAUUAGGCUUUCACAAAGUCUAAAAUUGCACAUUUAAGGUUGAGUUUGAGACUGAAUAUGGUUACCUGUGGAAACCUUACUCUGGCUAUAGGAAACAUGAGGCAGAAUUCAAAUUUUGGGGUUCUUAUAAGCACCUUUUGUAGUUGUUUGCACUUUCCUACUGCCAAGCCUAAGGGAUUACUUGGUAUAAUUGUGUGUAUUUGUGAAAACUACCCAAAAUGUAAACCUCCCUCUAAUCCUCCAUGUUUAAACAGAGCUUGAGAUUGUAAUAAAUAUUUUACUGAAUACUA